AGCAGAAACGGGGACCGCUCAGAGCUGAAGCACGCAGGAGUCACUUCUCGGAGGCUUUCUGCAGGAGCUGCCGCCUCCGCCUGAAGGAGCGGGAGAGAAGCCAGGCCAAAAACCACAGCCACCAGGCUGACAGACGGGGCCGGAACACGGUUAACCUCUGACAGCUCAGGUCCAGGCAGAUGGGACAGAUGGAAACUGCGUCACGUUUGUGCUGCACGACGAAGACCACACGCUUGGCAACUCCCUGCGAUACAUGGUCAUGAAGAACCCUGAUGUGGAGUUCUGUGGCUACUGCAUCACCCACCCCUCAGAAAGCAAGAUCAACUUCCGGAUCCAGACCAGAGGGUCCCUCCCUGCUGUCGAGCCAUUCCGCAAGGGGCUGAAUGACCUGAUGGGCGUUUGCCAGCACGUGCUCAACACCUUUGAGUUUUUUCAGACAUUUUCUGCCAGACCUUGGUUUGACUGUGGUUUUCCAAGUCCUAAACCACUGGGGCUGGGGAAGAGGAAAGGAGAAAUCAGUCUCUGCAAAGCCCUCCUGGUCCUCCAGUGGAAGGUGGCACAUGAGAUUCAGCAGAGCUUGUUGUUUCCCUGUUCCCUGCUGCGUCCCGUGGCCAGUCUGUGGACUGCACAGCUCUGAGUGCUGCCUCUGCCCUGCGCGUUUUAGCAGGAGAGUGGCUGAGAGGUGGAGCUGCGGGCUGGUGAGGAGACCCAGCAUGCUGGAGGCUGAGCUGCUGUCCUCCCAGUGUGCUCGACUGUCUGCUCUAAGGAAAUGGGUAUUGCCUCAAGGUCUCCGGCAGGAUGAGGCCAGUGCCUGCACAGGUUCUCUGUAGGGUGCACACCUGCAGCUGGACGCCGUGGCAAGGCUCAGUCACUUCUGAAAGUACCUGGAGCUCUGUCAGAGCAUUUUGGGUCCCUCAGCCUUUCCAGGCACCGGGCAGAGAAGUCACAGCACAGACCUGGGCGGUGGCAGAGGUGUGUGAAUUGCUCAGAUGCGUGCUGUUAACAUUUAUCCUUUGCUCUUGUUUGCAGAAGAGCAUGAAGGAAUACAGGGCCCAGAGGGAGGAAGAGAUGCAGUAGCAAUUGGGGCUGGCAGUCCCCAUGGGUGCGU